GGUCUUUAAUAUUAUUUUUUAUUUCCUUUAGGUUAUUUCUGUUUAAAAAUCAUGAACUGGCACUUUCCUCUCCUUUUCACCGCUGUGACUGUAACAUCUGUGUGGUCCCAGUUCAAUCCUUUAUCUCUUGAGGAACUUGGCUCUGACCUUGGAAUCCAAGUUUUCAAUCAGAUAGUCAAAGCUAGACCUCAGGAGAAUAUUGUGGUUUCUCCACAUGGGAUUGCAUCUGUACUGGGAAUACUUCAGCUGGGUGCUGAUGGCAAGACAAAGAAGCAGCUGACAACUGUGAUGAGAUACAGCGUAAAUGGAGUUGGCAAAGUAUUAAAGAAGAUAAACAAGGCCAUAGUCUCAAAAAAGAAUAAAGACAUUGUGACGAUUGCUAAUGCAGUGUUUGCAAAGAGUGGCUUUAAAAUGGAAGUGCCUUUUGUUACAAGAAAUAAAGAGGUGUUUCAGUGCAGUGUCAAGACUGUGGAUUUUGAAGACCAAAAUGCAGCUUGCAGUUCCAUUAAUCAGUGGGUGAAAAAUGAAACAAGUGGUAUGAUUGAUAAUCUCUUAUCUCCGGACAUUAUUGAUGGUUCUUUGACCAGGCUGGUGCUGGUAAAUGCAGUGUAUUUCAAGGGUUUAUGGAAAUCACGUUUUCAACCUGAAAAUACAAAGAAACGCACAUUUAAUGGCGCUGAUGGGAAGACUUACCAAGUACCUAUGCUGGCCCAGUUGUCUCUGUUCCGCUGUGGUACAACAAGUACCCCAAAUGACUUGUGGUAUAACAUAAUUGAACUUCCUUACCAUGGCGAAAGUAUCAGUAUGUUGAUUGCUCUGCCUACAGAAAGCACUACCCCUCUGUCUGCUAUCAUUCCUCACAUCAGCACAAAAACAAUACAGAGCUGGAUGACAACCAUGAUACAAAAGAGAGUGCAAGUUAUUUUACCCAAGUUCACAGCAGUAGCAGAAACAGAUUUAAAGGAGCCCCUGAAAGUACUUGGCAUUACAGAUAUGUUUGAUCAGUCAAAGGCAAACUUUGCAAAAAUAACAAGAACGGAAAGCCUUCAUGUAUCUCAUAUUUUGCAAAAAGCAAAAAUUGAAGUUAGUGAAGAUGGAACCAAAGCUUCUGCAGCAACAACUGCAAUUUUAAUAGCCAGGUCCUCCCCUCCUUGGUUUAUAGUAGAUAGACCAUUUGUAUUUUUCAUUCGGCACAAUCCUACAGGUGCAGUCUUGUUUAUGGGACAAAUAAACAAACCUUGAGUAUGGAGAAGGUUUUCCUUACAAAGCAGAGACUCAUUUGAUACAUCCUUGCUAGUUCCGUUAAAUAUUUUUGUACACUACUCUUUGACUUCACUCAAACUAGUUUUUAGCCAGUUAUGACUAGAUUUUGAAAAAGGGGAGUCAAUGUAGUUCUGUUUUUGUGAGAAUACAAACUGAAAACUACGAUACCUUUUCAAAAUGUCUAAAAAUUUCUUUGAACUACUGAAUGGUUGCCUAUGCUAACAAACUUACUGAGCUUUUUCUGUCUGUUCUAAGAAUUUUAUGUAUAGCUUAAAAGGGUUUAAACAAGAGCAUGACUAAACAAAUCAUUCCUGUCAGCAUUGAUUUUUCUGUGGAAAAAAUGUGUUUGGUUUUGUAAAUGUCCCUUCAAUACUACUUUUGCCCUUGAAUGGCUUGAUGAUUGGGUAUCUUUUGUAGAACUAGAUGAAAAGCUCUAGUAGUUUAUUUUAUAUAAUGCAUGUACCACUGAGCUAAAGUUUUAAAGAACUAAUGUCUUGAUACAUUUGCAUUGACAUCUUAUUUUACUGUAAUGUAAACUUGUUGUUAGUAUACACUUUGUAUUGGAUUUAAAUUUUAUAUUUGUUUUUGUACAAAGGAAAAAUAAAGUGCAUUAUGAACAGUCAAAGAUGCCAAGGUAUCACAGUGAUGUGCUAGUGAGUAUUUGUGGACAGGACUCCUAGGAGCAACUUGUUUAAAGUUCUACCACCAAAUUUAAAGGAAAGUUUGGUUGAUUUCUCCAGCUGGAUGGAGCUAAGUCUCUCUCUGCAAUCUGCUAAAUCAGUCUUGUCAUGGGUGACUUAUCCUUAGGAUUUCAACGUGUUUGUAGAGCAAGUAUUUUGUCUUUGCAGUGCCCCAAGUUGCAUCUAAUAGCUGCAUAGCAGGUGGUUUCAGAAAUGUACCUGAGGAUGACAUCUCGACUGCUCUCUUACAAGUCCUUUACCACACUUCAAGGGAUGCAAGUUAAACAAUAGAAGUAUUAUCAACCCACUGAGGAUAUUGUUUAGGAACAGAGUGGACCAACAAACUUUUCUAAAGAACACUUGAUAGGUUUGCUUAUCACUGAGUGUUGCCUGCCUAGUUUGAGAGUAUUUCAGUGUAAUUAGUUGAAGGUGGGGCUGGAAAUAUGGAAAGAGCAGAUUCCUGAGCACCUUGCAUCACUUCUACGUAAGCAUAUGUAUCCCUGUUUUGGAGUAUGAUCUGGAGCAAGGCAACAGUGACUCUGUGUAAAUAAAAUACUUCCAUUCUGUUUUAGUGGA